CCUUUAACCUGCAAUGGCGAUGCCCAUGCUGGUAAUCAGAGGGCUGGAUGCCUGGCUCUGCGUCUCUGAAACUCCGCAGUUGUUCUAGUUCACGUGGUCCGUACCCUUCCAUGAUCUAAAUAUUCAUACACCUAUCUGAGAAUGGUUUAAACUGUUGUAUCUGCCGCCUCCACCAUCCCUGGGAGCCUGUUCCAGGCACUCAUCACUCUCCGAUCCCUCCGCCAACAAAGGAUGUCCAAGCUCUCUCGAGCAACAAAAGCUGUGAGGAAGGUGGAGCCUGGCAGCGUCAUCCGGGCCAUCGUCCGCUCAGGCCAGGCAACCCCAGGACCCCCGCUCGGCCCUACACUUGGUCAGCGAGGCAUUCCCAUCGGGCAGUUCUGCAAGGAGUUUAACGAAAGGACCAAGGAGAUGAAAGAGGGGAUCCCUCUGCCUGUGAGGAUCUCUGUCAACCCUGACCGCACCUUCGAGCUGAAGAUCAACAAGCCCACGGUGUCCUACUUCCUGAAGGCAGUGGCGGGUAUCGAGAAGGGGGCUGGGAGGACAGGUCACGAGGUGGCGGGCAUGGUGACCGUGAAGCACAUUUACGAAAUCGCCAAGGUGAAGUGUCAGGACGAGAGCUUCCAGCUCCAGGACAUGUCGUUGAAGGACGUGUGCAAAAGCCUGAUCGGGACGGCCAGGACCCUCGGCAUCCAGGUGGUCCGAGACCUCUCGGCCGAGGACUACGCCCGGUUUCGGGAGCAGAGGGAGGAGCAGCUGAAGGCAGAAGCCGCCUCCCUCGAGGCGGCCAGCGCCAAGAAGAAGUAGCGGCCGGCGCGCGGUGAGAGGCUUGGGAAGAACUGGGUCCUGACUCCAGCAUGGAGGCACGCGGCAGUUCGAGGAUUGUGUCAUCCGCCGAGCGGAGCACGUUCCUCCAACGCGGUGCGGAUAACUCCACACACACACAACACACAGAGUAAUAUUACCUCAAAUAAAUUAACCGAUAAUAAGAUGCA